UUUGGUUUAGUUGUUGUCACUCAACAUGUCACUAAACAAUGUUUUCAUCUUCGUUUUCGUUCUCCUCUGUUGUUUUUCUAGUUUGAUUCAUAAUGUUACAUCGGCUGAUUAUGGAACAGCACUUACAAAAAGUUUAUUGUUUUUCGAGGGUCAACGUUCAGGUGUAUUGGGUCCUAAUCAGAGAUUAAAUUGGAGAGGGGAUUCUGGACUUACAGAUGGUCAAGAUGUUGGAGUUAACCUUAUCGGAGGAUACUAUGAUGCUGGAGACAACCUAAAGUUAGGGUUUCCAAUGGCAUUUACCAUAACAAUGCUUUCAUGGAGUACAAUAGAGUUCAAAAGCAAGCUUCAAAAAAACAAUGAGCUUAAAAAUGCAUUAAAUGCCAUAAAGUGGGGAACAGACUAUUUGAUGAAAGCACAUCCACAACCAAAUAUUUUAUAUGGAGAAAUUGGUGACCCUGAUUCAGAUCAUCAAUGUUGGGAAAGACCAGAGGAUAUGACAACUCCUAGAAAUUCUUAUAAGAUUGAUGAACAACACCCUGGAUCUGAUCUUGCUGCUGAAACUUCAGCUGCUUUGGCUGCUGCUUCCAUUGUUUUCAAUUCUGUGAAUCCCAAAUAUGCAUCCAAAUUGUUAACUCACGCUACACAACUGUUUGACUUUGCAAACAACUAUCAAGGCAUAUACCAUAAUAGUAUCCCACCGGCAGCGAAAAUAUAUUCCAGCAGUGGAUAUAAGGACGAGUUACUAUGGGCAGCAGCAUGGCUUUACCGUGCAACGAACAUGAAUAAAUACCUUGAUUACCUUGGAUCAGCAGGUGAUAUUGGGGGUGCAAGAACAACGUUUAGUUGGGAUGAUAAGUAUGUUGGUGCACAGAUUCUUGUUGCAAAGCUUGUUUUAGAUGGGAAAGUAGAAUCUUCAGGAAUUUGGGCCCAAUACAAAGCAAAUGCAGAGCAAUUCAUAUGUUCGUGUGCACAAAAAUCAAAUCAAAAUGUGAGAAAAACACCAGGGGGUUUGUUAUGGUUUCUACCAUGGGAUAAUAGUCAAUAUGUUAGUACUGCUACAUUUGCAAUGUCCACUUAUUCUCAAUAUUUAUCAUCAAAACAAACAUCUCUCCAAUGUACUGCUGGUGAUGUUACUCCUUCUGAUCUCACAUCUCUUGUUCGCUCUCAGGUGGAUUACAUAUUGGGUUCUAAUCCAAAAAGCAUGAGCUACAUGGUGGGAUAUGGAUCAAAUUAUCCACAACAAAUUCAUCAUAGAGGAGCAUCAAUUAUAUCAAUUAAGGACGAUAAAACACCAGUAACAUGCCAAGAAGGGUUUACAAAUUGGUUCAAUAAAAAUGCACCAAAUCCUAAUAUAUUGGAAGGAGCAAUUGUGAGUCCAGAUGAAAAUGAUGGUUAUGAAGAUGUUAGGAGUGACUAUCAACUAGCUGAACCAACUACUACUUCGGUUGCACCUUUAGUUGGUGUUCUUGCUUAUCUAGCUUAGUUUUUUUGUACUCGUUCAUUAAUUAAUUACUAGUUAUUACUAGUAUUUUUUAAUAGUGCAGUACCAAACAACAAUCUAGUCUAUUUAUUGAUUGCAAGUUCAUUUUGUAACCACGAAUUAUAUCCACUAUAAAAUUUAAUAUGGGGAGACCUCCUCCCUAAACA